AUGCAUCUUCUUGUGGUGUGUCUCUUCGGUGUCUGGGGUCUGGCUGCCCCUGAGCAGUACGUCGUGGAAGAUAUCUGCACUGCAAAGCCACGCGACAUCCCGGUGAAUCCCAUCUGCAUCUAUCGCAACCCUGUGAAGAAGCCCCAGGAGGACGAGGGGCAAGAGCCAGGGAAAGACAAGCUCCCGGAGUCUACUAACCCCCGGGUCUGGGAGCUGUCGAAGGCCAACUCGCGCUUUGCUGUUGUCUUCUACAAGUACCUGGCUGACUCCAAGGACAAUGGGGAAAACAUCUUCAUGUCACCCCUCAGCAUUUCUACAGCCUUUGCCAUGACCAAGCUUGGAGCUUGUGGUAGCACCCUCCAGCAGCUCAUGGAGGUCUUUCAAUUUGACACCAUUUCAGAGAAGACAUCUGAUCAGAUCCACUUCUUCUUUGCCAAGCUGAACUGCCGGCUUUACAAGAAAGCCAACAAAUCCUCAGAGCUGGUAUCAGCCAACCGCCUCUUUGGGGAGAAGUCCUUGGUCUUUAAUGAGACUUACCAGAACAUCAGUGAAAUAGUUUAUGGAGCGAAACUCUGGCCCUUGAACUUCAAAGAGAAGCCAGAACUUUCCAGGAAGAUCAUUAAUGAGUGGGUGGCUAAUAAGACAGAGAAGCGCAUUACAGAAGUGAUCCCAGAAAGAGCUAUUGAUGAUCUCACUGUCUUGGUCCUGGUCAACACCAUUUAUUUUAAGGGGCACUGGAAAUCACAGUUCCCAGUCCCAAACACAAAACUGGAUUUAUUUCAUAAAGCCAAUGGCGAGACCUGCAAAGUCCCCAUUAUGUAUCAAGAGUCCAAAUUCCACCACGCGUCCAUCCCCCAGGACAAAGUCCAGGUGCUGGAGCUGCCUUACAAAGGGGACGAUAUCACAAUGGUGCUGGUCCUGCCCAACGCUGGGACGCCGUUGGUGGAGGUAGAGCGAGCCCUGACGUCGGAGAAGCUGCAGGGCUGGAUAGACUCCAUGACAGAGGUCUCUCUCUUUGUCUACCUCCCUCGCUUCCGUGUUGAGGACAGAUUCAGUGUCAAGGAGAAGCUGAGAAAAAUGGGGCUGGAAGAUCUCUUCAGUCCGGAAAAUGCCAGACUCCCAGGUAUCAUUGCAGAGGGCCGUACAGACCUGUACGUAUCUGAGGCUUUCCACAAAGCCUUCCUCGAGGUGAAUGAAGAAGGCAGCGAGGCAUCAGCUGCUACAGCUGUCGUAGUCUCCGGCCGUUCCUUCCCCAUGAACAGAAUAAUCUUCAAUGCCAACAGGCCCUUCCUGCUUUUCAUCCGGGAAGCUGCCCUCAACACCGUUAUCUUCAUGGGCAGAAUAGCUGAUCCUUGCUCCUAAAGGGGCUGUCGGGGCCUCGCUCCUCCCUUCUCCGCCUCUGGAAAAGGGGCGGUAGGGUGUUGCCACAGAGCCCAGGCUGCUCCUGGGGUGGUUGGUCUUACUGUUUGGUGCAAGCUGCAGGGAGGGACUGUGUCCAGCUGGGCUGUUACCGCUCCUCUUGCUGUGCCGGGUAGGGGGCUCAGAGGGCACCUCACCUGCUCUGUCCUUCAUUCAAAGGGAAGCUGAAUUUUUUCCAGCACCAGUAUUUUUGUGGCACCUAAGCCUGAGUCCAGCAUUGCUGUCAUUCUUAUAUCCAACCCUCCUCCCUUUCAGGCCUCAAACUGUAACUCUGAUCCCCUGGUACAUUAAAAACCUAUAGAUCUGAAUGUAA